AUGUCGCCCACGCUUGAGAUCAUUUUUGAGACUACCUGUGUACGGAGAGUGCACAGAGACAGAAUGCUCAGAGAUUUAGUUCGCACCGCUGUUUUGGAAACUCAUUAUUUCUGUUACCAAUCUCCAGGUGCAGAGCGCCUAAUUCGUCACCUAGACAAAACGAAAGUACCAUUCGCCUUGGCCACGUCAUCAAGCGAGCGAUCUGUCAAGACGAAAGUUGCAGCGCAUAAAGAACUUUUCGACCUGUUCCACCAUAAAGUAAUGGGAAGCACCGAUCCUGAGGUCAAAUUUGGGAAACCACACCCAGAUAUAUUUCUGGUUGCCGCUGCUAGGUUCCCUGAUAAGCCAGAACCAUCAAAGUGCCUGGUAUUCGAAGAUUCACCUCAUGGUGUCACGGCAGGCAUAAAGGCAGGCAUGCAAGUCGUGAUGGUCCCCGACCCGCAUCUAGACAAACGGCUCACUACCCACGCCACUAUUGUGUUGCCAACGCUAGCCAAGUUUCAACCGGAAAUGUUUGGGUUGCCAGCCUUUCAAUGAUCAAGGUGAUAUAAAAGUUAACAGUAGUAGUGCUUAUUUAUAUUCCCAUUUUGUAAAAAUGAAAACUUAUUUAAUUUGAAAAUCGUCUAAAAUCAACAUAAAAGUACAAAGUACUCCGGGCGCUCGUUCACUGCGAGCAUUCACUUGUAAUGUAACAGUUCAAAUUCGCAUUACAGCGAUGACGGAGGAGAACCGAACAUUCGUUGCGCAACCUGUUAUGAUACAACUUUAUGUAACAUCUGUUUUCAAGUCUACAUAAGUUACGUUUCUGGCUCUUGCGGGUACUCAAAGGCACUCCUGACUCUCGCAGGCACGUAAAGGCACUUCUAGCCCUCGUAGGCACUCGCGGGUACACGUGGACACUCCUGGCUCUCGCGGGCACUCAAAGGCACUCGCGGGCUGUCGCAGGCAUUCAAAGGCACUCGCGGGCUCUCACAGGCACGCAAAGGCACUCGCGGGUACUCCUGGCUCUCGAGGGUACUCGCGAGCACUCCUGGCUCUCGAGGGUACUCGCGAGCACUUCUGGCUCUCGCAGGCAGUCAAAGGCACUCGCGGACUCUCGCAGGCAUUAAAAGGCACACGCGGGCUCACCUGGCUCACGCGGGCACUCAAGGGCACUCGCGGGCUCUCACAGGCACGCAAAGGCACUCGCGGACUCUCGCAAGCAUUAAAAGGUACUCGCGGGCUCACCUGGCUCACGCGGGCACUCAAAGGCACUC